AUGUCACCAACCAAACGCUGCCUUCUGCUUGCUUUUAUCUUCCUUUCCUUCCUUUCUAUUAAUGCCACAGCCAGAAGUUUAAGAGAGACUAAGGAUGAAUUAGCUCCAGUUUCGGCCGAGAAGAGCCACGAAAAUCAAUUUAAGCCAAAUCAAGGAGGAGACCAAGAUAUUGGUGACUUGACUACAAUGGACUACACUCCUGCAAAAAAGAAUCCUCCAAUUCAUAAUUAA